AAACUGUCUUAAUUGCCUUGCAGUGAAUUUCGCCUCAGCAUCUAACUCAUCUGUUUGAAACCUAUUUAAUAAACUUAGCAUUAUACCAUUAUACGCAACUUUCCAGACAGAAUAUGUGUGCGUAAUUUGGAGACAGAAGCACUACGCUAACGGUAUUUUCUUUUGGAGCUGUGUGCUAAAUGAAGACUUUAUAGGUAUCAGUGUAUAAACAUUAGUUUCACUCUUAAGACCGACAAAACUAGGAGUGUCCUGUAACUGCAUUUUUCCGUGGAGUGCAGUAAAGCCACCGCAAGGCCUAGGUUACGAUCAAUGCACUUUGGCCAAAGCCGUGUGUUUUUGCGUGUGUGUGUGUGGUACUAGGGGACUGUAUGCCACGCCUACACCGCCGGAUGCUUCCGCCGCACUGUAGAAGCAACACAAAGGCUUUAUUGGUGAUAUUCAGGCCAGACAGCCAAAUAACCUGCAGGAAAACAGCGUAAUAGCCCUAUUAUAAACGCAGUCUGUUAUAGUACCCAACAAUCCACACGCUCAGUGGGACAAUGUUAGUAAGGAAAAAUUAUGCUGUGAACAAACAGAAUAGAAAGCUUGACUAUACCACGGGCCUUUUUUUCUCAGUUUUUUGGUUAUAUUCUCCGAUUUUAUUUCCUCAUAAGAGGAUCAUUCAAAAUAUUUGCUUAAUUACUAAUAACUUAUGUUGUAUGAUAGUGAUAAAUAUACUUUUAUCAACAUUGCUUGUUCUACAUGCAAUAAUGUAAUAUGUCUGGUUAUUAUUUGAAACAUCAGUGCACUGCUAAAAGCCAGACAAAAGGAAUUUUAAUAGUGUUAAUAUUAUAAAGUAUUCUAAAAAUCUAUAGAAGCUGCUAUUUGCUGCUAAGAAGUGGCUUUCAUAUAUAGGCUAAUGCUAUUACAUUAGCACGAAUGAAUAUAUUCAAAUAUCUACACUUUAACACAAGUAUCAACUAUGCCAUACAACUAGGCCAUAUCUGUUAUCCCAUGAUUAGUUUCUGUGCUUUAUACUAUUCAAGUAGCCUAUUAGUUGCAUUACUAACAGCAACAUGUAUUAGUAUAUAAAUGUGUAUAAGUUUUUUUCUGUUUUGAAAAUGGAUGGCCUAUUUAGAUAUAUUUUUUGUAUGGCAUAUCUACCAUCUCCCGAAACUGACAUUUCAAAAUAAUUUGCUAAUAAAUUUCACCAUAUUUUUAACAUGACAAAUUAAACAGCUAAUUAAAUUUAUUUGAAAUGCGCCGCAGUAGAAGUACACACGCCUUCUGAGCCCGCAACGAUGUUGAAAGACUGCGGUCACUGGCUAGUAGAUCAUAUCUCAACUAUUCCAUGGCACUUAUUGCCGUAUAAAACUUACAUAUGGCUCAAGUAAUGAUUGUCUUUAUUUCUUAAACAUGUCUGUAAUAUUUUAUGUCACCUUGUGCUACUAUAAACAUUACGUGUUGGCUACAAGCAAUGUGUGAAGUCUGCAAAAUACUGCAUUUCUUAGCAUCUAGAACAUUAACAGCCCGGGGUAAUUUAGGUUUGGAAGAUUUCUGCAUUGUUUCGUGUUAUGUGGACGCAUUCCUUUUUUAAAAGUAAAAAAAUAAAUUAAACAAACCUUAAAAAUCUGUUUUGUGAGUAAUAUUGAUACAUUAAUUGUGGUCAUGAUUGUUUGAAUGAAAUAGCUUAUAUAUUUAUUAAUAUAAAAAAGAAUAAACCUAAUUGCACAAAUAAAACCAAAUUCGCUCACAUAGAAGCAUAGAGCCCUGCCAUUAACAAUUUUACAGCAAAAUGGAGGCUAUGUGAAGCUCUGGUUUAGGCGACCCCUUUAUUGUUCUCUCCUAUGGUCACGUGUCCGUGUCAUCCAAUCCUGUCUCGGCCGCCGUUCAACUUAUCAAAGGUCUGUAGUUCACAGUGAAGUCGACCGUUCCUAGAUUUGCAGAUUCCGCGCUUGUGUCUAUUCUGCGGUGAGGAUUGUACGCACGGUCGUGCCUGUGUGCGUUGUUUUUUUUUUGUUAUGUCGACCCUGGGCACUCUGGGUUACUACGCCGACUCGCACAUUCCUCACGAGGACGAUGAUCAUUUGGCGCCGCGGUUCCCAACUGCACCGGCGAUACAGAGCCAAGCUCGAGAGCCAUCUCUGUCUGAAUAUGGUGAACCCGAUUCGUACCCUUUCCAAAGCAAGUCGGCUAUUUUUGGCGCGUCGUGGAGCCCCGUGCCCGUGCAGCCGCCGGGCGGUACAUCUAUCGCAUACCAUCCUUACAUACAUCAACCGUGUCCGACAGCCGAGUCGGAUGGAGCGUCUGCGCGCGCCUGGGCGCUCGAGUCGCUUUCUGCGUCCGUGCCUUUCGCCGGAUUAUCGACAGAUGUACAUCACGAUAUUAAACUCGAGCCCUUGGUCGGAAGCGGUGAGUGCACCACGCUUGAUGCACGGACUCUAAUGGCCCCUGAUGCUCAAAACAACGCGAACCCUGCGGUGAAGGAGGCGGAUCUGAGCCAUGCGGAUGUGACAGAGCCAAGCGACGAGAAAACGUUAACGGAGACUAAACCGGAUCUGGACCCGAAUAACCCUGCGUCCAACUGGCUACAUGCGAAGUCCACGAGAAAAAAACGCUGCCCAUACACUAAGCAUCAGACUCUCGAGCUGGAGAAGGAGUUUCUCUUUAAUAUGUACCUGUCUCGUGACCGUAGAUACGAAGUGGCAAGACUGCUAAAUCUCACCGAGAGACAAGUUAAAAUAUGGUUCCAAAAUCGUAGGAUGAAGAUGAAGAAAUGCAACAAAAAUCGCCCGAAAGACAUCUGAAGUUAAGGAAUACUGAGUGCACACUGCAGUGUUUUGGACAGCUUUCUUUCUGCGCACCGGUUUUGUGUUAUGCCUCUACAACAGCAGAAACAACAACAGCAACAAAAUUAUUUUCCCAACAUUUUUCGGUGUGAGAAUGUGCCGGUGUAAUGAUUGCGUUUUGUUAUAAGGCUGUUUGUUAGUCCUCGUGUCGUGUUUGCUUGUGGUAGGUCCAAGUGUUUAUAAUUGUGUAUAUUUUGAGCCUCAUCCAGAUAUGAGGAACUUUCCAUGUAGGCUACUGAUUUCAGGGACAUAUACUAAAUGCUCGAUAUAUUUAAUAUUGUUGAUUUGCAUGAGUGUCAGUUGCUUUUUAAAAUGCCAGAAUGACUUCUGUCCAGAUAUUUAAUGUUUAAUGUAAUGUUUAAUGUAACUACCUAGAUGUAUUUGAACUACCUAUUUGCAGUAUGAAAAUAAGUGUUUUGUCAUUGAGACAUUGGUGAAUUUUGUAUCAUAAACAUGCUUGAAUUUUUUUGUGACUGGAAAAAAAGCCUGUACACAUAAAUACCUCAAAUCAUCAGUUAGCUUAGCCAUUUUCAACUGAAAGUUCAUCUGUGUAGAUGACAAAUAAAGUUUAGAAAAUUUAAUAGUUUGUUACUGCUCUAUUUCCGUUUGAAAAACAGCAUCACUGAACUUUUAAAAAAUAAUGUAUUUGUUUUUACAUGAAAAGACAUUUACAAUAAUUACUGUUAUGCACUGCUAUCAGUGAUAAUAGUAAUAGAAUAGAAUAAUUUAUAUGAAUAUCUUAUAUAAGAAUACAUUUAUACAAGAAUCUUUAAUUAGGAUUUAAUUUAGGAUAUAAGGGAUUUGAAUUAUGUGGUAGUCUUAAACCUGUACUGGGUUUCAAAAAAGGAAAAAUGUUACAGCUUAAAUCUGCUCUACGUCACGUUUACCGUCCCAUAUUCAACUUUUCACUAUUUAUAUAUCACAACAAAUUCCCUGUUUCGUGUCUCGUUUGUGUCACAUAAAUCAGGUUUAGUUUGUUGUCCGUGGACAGGCUUGAGUGUGUUAUGUGUACGUGCAUUCGCAAAUGAUAUUGGUGACCAUACCGACAAUAAACCACAAUCACAGUCUUAACAGUUUAUGGGGUGCAAAGUGAUUGAAGGCCGACCUGUAGGAAUUUUUCAAACGCCACUUCCUUAUCGUCAUCAAUAUAAUAACACACACGGACUAUGUUGUGUGACAAACAUGGGGUGUGAGCAAUUAUAGAAGCAGCGGUCUACCGCAUAUAGGUUGCAUCAUAAAACUUUAACACACAAAAAGGGCUUAAACACAAAUUCCCUCGCGCACAUACAAACACAGGCACCCGCAAGCAUCUUCUUUGAAGGCAUAUUAGAGAUUUUAGGUCACAGUAAGGUACAGUAAGAAAGGUUAUCAUUUUAUCUGUCUCUAACAGCUGUUAAGGAACAAUGAUUUGGAGACAUUCUCUUGAUUAUUGCACUACAGGCUGUGCCUUCAAAGCUAUAGGCACAGACAGCACCAUAAAACCCGAGGCUUUCCGCACUGUCUGGCUUUUUCUCUGCUAAUUACUUUAUUACAGCAACAAUGACGACACUCCUGAUCGGGUCGUCCGUUUGUUAACAACAGACAAAAGCAAAGAGAAAAAAACAGACAUUUUGACCCAACGCCCCUGUGAGACUUGCGGUUUGCUCUAGCCAGUGUUCACUAAUACUCAUAGUUUUUUCCAAGAACAAUUUGAA